UCAACAAGUGCACCGGCCACUGGAGCUAAGUUUCACCUGAGAGACUCCAGCUCACUGCAUAGGACCAGCUAUGCUCAAAGGCUUUACUCUUUAUAUGGUCACAUUGACUGUACUUCUUCUUACUCUGACAAGCAGCCUGGGCAGUGCUCAAGAUGAGAUUUCUCUACCAGGGUGGAAGAGUAAUGCAGAAUAUGUUACACAGUGUGUAAAUAAUGGACAACCAGGGAGUCUGUGUGACAUGACAGUGGUCCAGCAGGGAAAAGUGACUAAUUUGAACAUAGGGACUGUCUCACUGAAUGGUGACGGCUGUCUUGAGUUCUGGUACUUGUCCCCUGUCCUGCCAAACCUCUUCAGGCUCACCGUGUACCUCAAAGGCACUAAUGGUUUACAGAAGAUCUGGUCAAAAACAGCCCAGUCCAGGAGUGGAGACACAACAUGGACUCAAGUAUUUGUGCCUCUCAACAAUGUCAGACCUGGGACUCAGGUGGUAUUCAGAACAAUUCGUCCGCUGUCUCGAGGGGAGCAGGUCAUAGUAAAUCGUAUUGGUAUAAGGAAUGGUUCAUGUGGAGCUCAGUGUGAAUCCAGCACAGAGCUGUGGCCUGACCAGUCCACGCGCUGCCUCUGCUCUGAGGGUCAGCUCUCCUGCUCUCAUGCUCCCAGCUCAGGGAUGUGCAGUGUGCACAGUCACACAGACUGCAGCACUUUCGACGGCGCGCUUUUCCGCUUUAUGGCCCCGUGCAGCUACACUCUGGCUAAGACCUGCUCGGUGACUCCAGCCUCGCCCCGCUUCAGUGUGGAAGUGGUCAACGGGCAGAGUGACAACUCCUCUCUGCCAAGUGUGGAGCAGGUCAAUGUGAACAUCAAUGACUUCAAGAUGUCCUUUAUCAAAAGACAAACUCAAAGAGUGGUGGUGAGUGGGGUCUGGAAGACUCUUCCCCUGACUCUGGCCGGCGGCACAGUGGCGGUCAGCAGUAACCCUGCAGCUGUCGUCCUGAAGAGCAGCUUUGGCCUCUCUCUGUUGUUUGACUACACCGGAGCACUCCAGGUCACCCUUCCAACCAGCUAUACCGAUCAAGUCUGUGGUCUGUGUGGGAACUUCAACCAAAACAAGCAGGAUGACCUCCUGAGGUCCGAUGGCACAGAGGCCCAAAACACCACCGAUCUGGCUGACAGCUGGCAGACAGGGGGGAACGACUCGGCCUGUGAAGUCAUUCUGGUACCACAUUACUGUGACCCGCUAGAAGAGGCGGAGUACGCCAGCGAAGCCUAUUGUGGAGCUCUGGGCUCACACACUGGGCCCUUUGCAGCGUGCCAGGAGGUGUUAGGGGCCGACAGCUACUUCAGAGGCUGUGUGCAUGGUAUGUGUGCUUCUCAUGGAGACCCUGAAGUGCUCUGCGAUUCACUCCAGGUGUACGCUGAUCUGUGCAAAAAGGCUGGAGUCGACCUGCCAGUGUGGAGGAACUCUUCAUUUUGCUCUCUUCAGUGUGGGGAGAACAGUCACUACAACUCAUGUGCUGAGGGCUGUCCCGAGGUCUGCUUCCCUCUGGACCAGGUCUCAUCUUGUGGCAGCUGUGAGGAGAGAUGUGAGUGUGAUCCAGGCUUCAAGCUGAGCGGUGGCAAAUGUGUCCAAGCUGAAGACUGUGGAUGUUGGCAUAAUGGACAACACCAUGAGAAAGGGGCAGUAUUCAUGGAAGGAGAGUGUGAUCAGCAGUGCCUGUGUGUGGGCAACAAUAACAUACAGUGUAGAUCAUCACAUUGCUCUGCCAGUGAGGUCUGCGCUGUUCAAAAUGGGGUUAAGGGAUGCUUCGCCUUCAGUCCAGCCACUUGCAGUGUUUAUGGAGAUCCGCACUACAUCACGUUUGACGGCUUUGCAUAUGACUUCAAUGGAGGCUGCAGUUAUGUGCUAACCACCACCUGCGGAGGCCAGAGCUCAGUGGACUUCACAGUAACAGGACACAACAUGCACCCACCUCACAACAACUUCAGUAUCUCCAAACUGGACGCUGUGACUCUGGAGGUUGGGGACCUUCAGAUUACCAUCAGCCAGAGCGGUGUCUAUAAACACAACAUCUCCGUGCUGUUGCCCUAUUUCACCAGUGGGACAUACGGACAGGUCAGAGCCUAUGUGGACUCUGGAUACACUGUCCUGGAAACGACCUUUGGCCUGAGGAUCAUGAUGGAUAAGCAAAACAGACUGUUCCUGCAGGUGAAUGAGCACUUCAAAUAUGAGCUGUGUGGACUGUGUGGCACUUACUCUGGCCAGCAGGACGAUGAUCUAGUGAUGCCUGGAGGUCAAAAUGCCACCACCACAUUUCAGUUUGCAGAUAGCUGGAGGGUUCAAGACAGCAAUUUGUGUGUUUCUCAUCCAAAUGACCCCAGACAAUGUGAUUCACAAGAGUUGGAUCAGGCCUAUAAUCACUGCUAUGCUCUGUUGGGUGAGGGCUUCAGCUUAUGCCAUGAAACCCUCCACCCAGAGAUCUACAUCAGCAGCUGUGUGCAUGAUUUCUGUGCCACACGAGGUAACCUCAUCACUCUGUGUGAGGCCCUCAAGUCCUACGCUGCAGCCUGCGCUGUGGCUGGAGUGGAUCUGGGCCAGUGGCAGGAUGGUACCGUCUGUGAUAUCCUACAAACCACUGUUAACCCUAUGACUACGUCAACGACGUCGCCUACGCCAGACCAGACAUUGUGUCCUCUGAACUGUGACUUUGAAAACGAUCUGUGUGGAUGGGAGCAGCUAAUACAGGAUAGUUUUGACUGGACAAGGGGUUCAGGUGCCACACCAUCAAGUCAAACCGGACCAAGCACAGACCACACCAGUGGAGAUGGCUUCUACAUGUACAUUGAGGGCGACAGUGUGACUCAUGGUGACUCCGCUCGCAUGUUGAGUUCUCUGUGUCAGUACGAACAGCCCAUGUGUCUGCAUUUCUGGUACCACAUGUACGGGUCAGCCUCAGCUAUGGCUCUCAAUAUCUACUUGCUUCGAGGCAAUCGAGCUACAAAGAUCUGGUCCGAGCAGAAUAACCAAGGGUCUCAAUGGAAACCAGGACAUGUGGACAUCCCAGCCUCUGGGCCAUAUCAGAUAAUCUUAGAAGGAAUUCGAGGCUCUACCUUAGAAUCCGAUGUGUCUAUUGAUGACAUUUCUAUUCACUUUGGCUCAUGCUCAGAUAGCUUCUCUGGCCUGGCUACAGCAGCACAAGUCAUUACCCCACAAGUCUGUAAUCUUGGCUGUAACUUCGACCAAAGCCUUUGCAACUGGAAUCAGAUGGUGACCGACGCUUUUGACUGGACUUGGCUCAGUGGCUCCACACCAACUCUGAUGACGGGACCUUCUGCUGACCACACAGGAGGUGGUCACUACCUUUACAUUGAGGCCAACAGUGCGUCGUACGGAGACACAGCUCGUCUGAUCAGCUCCGAGUGCUCAAACUCUGGAGCCCAGUGUCUACAGUUCUGGUAUCACAUGUACGGAUCUGCAGACACUAUGGGCCUUCACGUCUAUGUGGUCGAGGGCAAUAACGCUCGCUCAGUUUGGCGCCAAAGAAAUGACCAAGGAGAUAUGUGGCAUUUGGCACAAGUCGACCUCACAACAACAGGACCGUUUCAGAUCAUUUUUGAGGGAAGAAGAGGAUCUAAUGAGAUGUCAGAUGUAGCAUUAGACGAUGUAGCACUUUAUAAUGGACCGUGUUCAGAUAUGAUUAAUCCACCCGCUCACAUUUCAACAACGUCUAAACCUCAAACAACAACAGUCCAUAUAUCUCCAAGACCUACAAGGACAACCGCUCAACCUCCCACAGACAGCUCGGAGUCUGUAAAUACUGACAACCCUGAACCUCAGUCUACAAUGGAGGGGACAACAGCAGGACAAGAACCUGGAACUACUGAAGAACAGAUAACAACAGACCAGACCAUCGAAGAAACAACUGCACCCGAGCCUACUACCGAGGCUGAACCCAUACCUGAGAUAACAACUGAUGGGCAGCAACGAACUACUCCAGAAGAAUUACAGACAACGCCAGCAGAACCUGUAGAACCAACCAGACCAUCUGAAGAAGAAGCAACCGAAGCACCUCAACCUCAAACAACACAAGAAAUGACUGAUCUACACACAACAGCAGCAGCAUACCAAUCAACUGCUGGUGCGGGUAACACAGAACAGCCAACACCACCUGAAGAACCACAACCAACAACUCCAGAAUUAGAGAUAGACACAACACAGGCUCCUUCAGUAGACCAAACAUUAGAACCAGUUAGAACUUCUGAAAGACCGCAGCAAACAACAGCAAGUUCAAAUGAAGGUUCAACUGGAGCAAGACCGGAGAUAGAUGCAACCACUGAAAAACCACAACCCCCAACUGAAAAGAUACCUGAAGUCUGCAAUUUCAACUGUAACUUCGACCAAAGCCUUUGCAACUGGAAUCAGAUGGUGACCGACGCUUUUGACUGGACUUGGCUCAGUGGCUCCACACCAACUCUGAUGACGGGACCUUCUGCUGACCACACGGGCGGUGGUCGCUACCUUUACAUUGAGGCCAACAGUGCGUCGUACGGAGACACAGCUCGUCUGAUCAGUUCCGAGUGCUCAAACUCUGGAGCCCAGUGUCUACAGUUCUGGUAUCACAUGUACGGAUCUGCAGACACUAUGGGCCUUCACGUCUAUGUGGUCGAGGGCAAUAACGCUCGCUCAGUUUGGCGCCAAAGAAAUGACCAAGGAGAUAUGUGGCAUUUGGCACAAGUCGACCUCACAACAACAGGACCGUUUCUGAUCAUUUUUGAGGGACGAAGAGGCUCCAAUGAUCAGUCUGAUGUCGCUAUAGAUGAUGUAUCACUUCAUUAUGGAUCAUGCUUGAAUAGACCCUCUACUGCUGCGCCAACCACAACCACACAAGUCCCUACAACAACUCUUGGAACUUUGAAACCUGCAGAGACUCCCGCUCCACCACCUCCACCCACAGAGAGUUCCACAGCAGCGCCUCCCAUUCCUACUACAACUGUUCCCCAUACAACUGCAGGAGCGGAAACAACAACUGCGCCUAUACAGACCACUACAACAAUGAAGACACCUGCUCCAACUACUACAGUGAGGACACCUGCUCCAACUACUACAGCAAGCCCACCUCUUCCAACUACUACAGCGAACCCACAUCCUCCAACUACUACAGCGAACCCACGUCCUCCAACUACUACAGCGAACCCACCUCUUCCAACUACUACACCUGCCCCUCUUCCUCCAGAAACUCCCAGUCCAACUCCCUCAUGUCCGGCCAACAGCCACUACAGCUCUUGCGUUUCGGCUUGCGCCCCCACCUGCUCUCACCUGUACGGCCCCCCCGGCUGCAGCAAAAGUGACUGCGUGGCCGGAUGCGUUUGCGAUGACGGUUAUGUGCUACAAAAGAGGAAGUGCGUGCCUGUCCAAGAGUGUGGUUGUGUAGAUCUCAAUGGAAAGAAAUAUCAUUUUGGAGAUGUCUGGUAUUCAAGCCAUUGCAGCGAAAAGUGUAAAUGCGAAAAACGUAGAGGUGUGGGAAGAAUCGAAUGUGAAGAGCAAGACGAAUGCAAUGGGAAAGAGGUUUGUCUUCAGAACGGCAAUGGAGAUUAUUAUUGUGAGAAAACAGAUUUCAGCGACUGCACCAUCAACGGAGACCCCGAGUACAGAACAUUUGACAAGAAGAAGCAUGACUUUGAGGGCGAGGACUCGUACGUGUUAGUGCAGACCAACGACUUACCCGAUAACCUUCAGAGCGUUUACAUAGAAGGCAUCAACGGACGCUCGGAAGACGACGAAGACAGCAGCGAGGAAAGGCGCAGUCACCACGCUCGAGACGACAGUGAUGAAGAUGAUAGUGAUAGUGAUAGUGACGAAGACAGUGAUGAAGAUAAAGAGGAUGUACUGCGAGCAAUGAAGAUCAGAGUGUACAAUCACACAGUGGUGUUCAAGCCACGCAGGAGACUUGUUGUGGAUGGAAGCAGAGUUGACGCGCCGCUCUCACCAUCUCCUGGUUUAAAAAUUCAAGAGCAUUCGUCACGUAUCUUCUUGCAAACUGACUUUGGCCUUUCAGUCGAGUUUGACGGUCACAGCAAAGCAGAAAUCGUUCUACCCCAUGUGUAUAAACGGAAGGUGGGAGGACUUUGUGGCAACUUCGACGGUCACAAGCGCAAUGACUUCAUGAAGCCGGAUGGGACGCAGGCUACAAGUGUGGAGGAGUUUGGAGAAAGCUGGAGAGUAUGAACUGCAGCAAUUUUGCACUUAAUGUUUCACAAAACAGGUUGAAAUGAAACCUUAUGUCUAUUAUUAUUAUUAUUAUUAUUGGCACAGAAAAGUUUUAACAGUAUAGAUGGAAGUGUGUCUAUGUCACCAUGCACUAAUGUAUUAAAUGUGUUACAAUGUACAGUGUUGUACUUAAUUACAAAGGACUGCACAAAAACAAACAGGCGGCAUAUGUAUUCUUUAACGUCUGCCCAUUGUACAGAGCUCUGGGAGUCAGAGCAUCACAUUUAAGAUGUGUAUUUUUCUAUUUUUGUCACUUUCACUUUUACUUACUCUUCUGUUGUGGUUUAGAUUAUUUGUUUUUUUAGUGACACAAAUUGCUGUAUGCAGUGUAUUUGUAGACAAAAUAAAUGAAAGAUUUCUGUGACUGAAUUUUUGAGCAGUCCCGUUGUUGUACGGGGCAGCUCAGUGAUACUCAAACUGCUUAAGAUGCAAUAUAAAUUAAUAUUAAAACAAAAUGCUUUACAAUGUCAUCUUGUUUGACUGUAGAUUUUAUGUCUGAAUUAUAUGAUAUUUUCUUUUUAAAAUUUUUUAAAAUGUAUUUAUUUCUACAGGGACAGUGUACAAUAAAGAUUGACCAAAAUAAUAGAUGCAUAGUACCAGCAGAAAAAGCUCAUUUACAGCUGUAGUCUCUGUCUAAAAGCAUAAUUGGAAAAGAGCUCUGUCUUGAAUUGAAUACAUAAUAAACAAA